GUAAGUGCGUGCAGGUAGUGGAGGAUCGUCGUUAAGGACAUGGCGUCAUCUUCAAAUAACGAACUGUCUCCUGCUGAAACCCUAAACACUUCUUCCACUGUAAACUCCCAAUCAAUGAGCCCCCACGAUUCCCCGUCUCAAACCCAUGAACAAGAACAACUUCAACUCUCCAAUCCUCAAUCAAUGGCCGCCAAUGAAAACAACGGUGGUAACCUCGGCGAAAAGCGAAAGCGGGAUGAGACGGCACAACCAGAAACAGAAGAAAAAGUUGACCCUUCACUUAAUCCCUAUUAUAAAACCUCCCUUUGUUCGUAUUUCAGGCGUAACUCUGGUUCCUGCAGCCACGGUAGUGAGUGCAGGUAUGCACAUGGCGAGGCGGAGCUCCGUCCGCGGCCUGAUAACACUUGGGACCCGACCUCCGAGCGGGCGAAGAAAGCUUUGAAAUUGGAGGAUAAUGGUGAUAAAUGUGAAGAGGGGAAAGAGGAGGAGGUUAUGAUGACCGAAAUGCUUGUUGAUGAUAGUGAAGGUGGUGAAGGGGGCUGUUUGGAUCCUGAGCUUAGCAAGUGCUUGGUGCAUCUACCCAGGAAGUGGAAUUCGGAUAACUUGAGGAAUUUUCUCAGUGAGCAAGGUGUUCUCUUCAAAUUGGCAAAGAAAAAGAAAGGCAUGACUGUAGGUUUUGUGACUUUUGACAGAGCUGACUUAUUGAAAAGAGCAAGCGAGGAGCUUGAAGGAAGAUCUGUUGGCAACAAGAAAAUAAAGGUUGCUGAUGUGAUCCCUAGAUCAUAUGACAAGAAAAUAAAAUCAGCCAUGUCUCUUCCCCAAAAUGCUCCACAAAAAAUGGAGUCUUCAUUGGAUGGAGAAAAUGAAGGGAUCUCUAAAUCAUUACAUAUUACUGAGGAUGGUGAUAUAAAUGAUGAUAGUUCAAUGUUAGAUGGUUCAACUUCCAAGGCAAAAAGUGCCCGUGAUGUAGUGACUCCCCUUGCUCAUAUGCCUUAUGAAGACCAGUUGGAGCACAAGAAGAACUCUAUUAUGCAAAUGCUAAAGAAACUUACUAGAAAUGCACGUAAAGCAUGUCCAAAUGGUGUUUCUUUGCCAGAAUGGAUUCUCAAGUCUAGGGAAAUAGGUGGUCUUGCAUGCAACCUUGAGGGUAUACUGGAAUCACCACUUGUGAAUGGUUACCGUAAUAAAUGUGAGUUUUCAGUUGGAUAUUCUCUUCAGGGAAAACCUAUUGUUGGGUUUAUGCUGGGAAACUUUAGAGAUGGUGUGACAGCUGUAGAAGAACCUGUUGACUGUCCAAAUGUAUCUAGUAUUGCUUGCAAGUACGCCUCAAUUUUUCAGGAAUUUCUGCAACAAUCAGGCUUGCCAAUUUGGAACAGAUUUAAGAAUACUGGAUUCUGGCGUCAAUUAACAGUCCGAGAAGGAAGGUUAUCGAAGAAAGACGCUGAUGUCAAAAAUCCUGAUGGCAACAUAUCAGAGGUCAUGCUUAUUGUUCAGGUUUGCUCAGCUGGCUUUGACAAUGAAGUAAUAAAUGGUGAACUUGGGAAGUUGGCUGAUGCAUUCACUACUGGAGCUGCUGCAAAUUCUCCAACUUUACCUUUAACAGUUUUGGUUCUUCAGGAUCACCAAGGAAUAUCAAACGUUGCACCAGCUGAUGCUCCAUUGCGUAUUUUACCCCUUCCAAAUGGUGAAAGUAGCUCUGAACUGGAGGCAGGCAAGAAAAUUGUUGAAGCAAGAAUUCAUGAUCAUAUAAGCUAUCUUUCUUUCUCCAUAUCACCAACAGCCUUUUUCCAGGUUAACACACUUGCUGCAGAGAAACUAUAUUCACUUGCUGGAGAUUGGGCUGGUCUGGGUCCUGACACCUUGCUUUUUGAUAUAUGCUGUGGGACUGGAACUAUUGGGCUCACUUUAGCACAUCGUGUUGGAAUGGUUAUUGGAAUUGAAAUGAAUGCUUCCGCAGUUUCAGACGCACACCGGAAUGCUGAAAUUAAUGGCAUUAAAAACUGUAGAUUUGUAUGUGGAAAGGCAGAGAAUGUGAUGGCAUCCUUAAUGAAGGAGUACGUAAAUGAGUCUCAGAAACAAGAUGAACAACCAAAUUCUUGUGAAACUAAUGACAAUGACAUUACUACAGACAAAGAUAAAGAUGCUUCCAUGGAUAACGUGCUAGACAAUAAUGAGAACGCUAGCCAUGAGCUUGACAGCAGGAAAGAUGCUUCUGGGUGUUGUGAAGAUGGUGAAAAGGAAGACCAAUGCCAACCUCAGAAGAGUUCUUCCUCAGAAAAUGGGAGGUCAUCCGUCCCACAGUUUAAAAAUAUUGUUGCCAUUGUUGAUCCUCCCCGUGGUGGGCUUCAUCCCACUGUGAUCAAAGUUUUGAGGACUCAUUCACAUCUACGCCGACUUGUUUAUAUUUCCUGUAAUCCUGAAACCUUAGUAGCAAAUGCUAUUGAGCUGUGCACACCAUCACCUGACAAAAUAGAGAAAGGGAAUAAGAAAAACCGGGGAUGGAGGAACAUGAGUAGUGCUGGUUUGGCACGCCACAGGGCCAAGUCGAUGCCGAUUUCUGAGCCUUUUCGACCUGUAAAAGCUAUGGCCGUUGACCUCUUCCCACAUACUGCACACUGUGAAAUGGUAAUGCUCUUAGAGAGAUAAAUAUGCCAUUCAAACGCGUCGUCUUAUUUAUUCAACAGCAAACAAUUGGCGAAAAUUCAGUAGAGUUGCAUUUAAAUUUUGAUAGAUAGCUUCAAUCUGUUUCAUUUCUUGUCUAGCACAUUCACAAAUGAUUAUUGUUGUCAAUUUCAAUUAGCAUAAUAGACUUUUGUGAUCA